AACUUUGUAGCUACCUAUCUGUCGGAGCCUUUUGCCUCCACAGUAGUUUCCACCGACUGACGCGCGGAGAGCCUGGUGCUGGGCGCUCUGUCCAUAUAUGGUCAUCUACGUCACGCAAAUGUUCCAUCCCCCUAUUUAAUACAGGCAGACUGGAGUCCCCUAUCCAGCUCCAAUAGAGCAAGUAGAGCCGCUCUUGUGCAACCAACACCACCACCUCCUCCAUUGAUUCACAGACUUCAAAUGCCCCCACAAGCAGCCCAUCAGCUUCCACAGUGAUCAGAUUAAUAACAACAAUAGCCUGUGAUCACACAGGAGGAGAUAACCGGCGCUGCUCGUCCUCCGCGGGAUACUUGGAUAGCUACAGCAACAGGAUCCAUCCCUGCUCCUCUCUGCUGUCUUUUUCACGUCUGAUCUACACCUGUGUUUUCCACUUUGAGAACACCCGCUGUUUUUUUUUUGUGCAACUACUUGGAUACCUGCGCGUUGUCCUUUAUAAAUGUCGGACUGAAUAUAACUGCUAUGACAGGGAAACUAGCGGACAAGCUCCCUCUUACCAUGAGCAGUUUAAUAAACACGAUCCCUGACAGUCUCUACCCAGAAGAGGACAUCCCGACGUCUAUGAAUAUUUUCACCAGUACGGAAUCUAUUAACCACUAUUCACAAAUGAACACAGAUAAUAUCAUGGAUCUGGGCAUGGGAAGCGAGAAAGCAACCGCAGAGAUUCAGUAUGGAUCCAGCUUCCAGUCCAACCGCAGCGGGCAGACUGUCACCUAUCUGGGGAAGUUUGCCUUUGACACUCCUCCGUCAGGUGGCAUUGGUGGCUCUGGCUGGUGCUCUGAUAACAAUAUCAUAAGUCUCGUCAGCGCAGGGAUCCUGGGUGUUUCUCCAUCACCCGGCACGGUAACAACGCAGACAUCAUCCUCCGCAGCCAGCAUGGGCGGACAGACGUCAGAUAUGGAACAGGUAUAUGGUCCACCACUGCCUGCCUAUUCCACAUGCAGUGACCUGUACCAGGAUCAGGUCUCCUUCCACCACAGCCCUGCCACCAGCACAGCUCUAGCCUACCCUGGCAAUGACUAUCACUCCACAUCCAAAGCCUCCAUGGAUGGCAGCCUUUUCUCCAUGAUCCCUGACUACAACCUUUUCCAUCAUCAAGGGGAAGUUGGUGUGAUGGAGCACAAGCCCUUCCAGACCAUGGACCCUAUCCGAGUCAACCCUCCACCCAUCACACCCCUGGAGACCAUCAGAGCGUUCAAAGACAAGCAGCAAAUUCACCCAGGUUUCAUCGGCGGGCAGCAGCACCCUCCUCAGCACCACCCACCACCACAGACUCUCACCCUGAAACCCAUCCGACCACGGAAGUACCCCAACCGUCCCAGCAAAACCCCUGUCCAUGAACGGCCGCAUGCCUGUCCGGCAGAGAACUGUGACAGACGCUUCUCACGCUCAGACGAGCUCACACGUCACCUUCGCAUCCACACAGGUCACAAACCCUUCCAGUGCCGAAUAUGCAUGCGCUCCUUCAGCCGGAGUGACCACCUGACCACACACAUCCGCACACACACGGGCGAGAAACCCUUCUCCUGUGAGUUCUGUGGACGCAAGUUUGCCAGAAGUGACGAGCGAAAGAGACACGCAAAGGUUCACCUGAAACAGAAGGACAAGAAGCCAGCUGACAAGAGCAGUGGGGCAGCUGGGAGCCACAGCUCGCCACCCAGCUCCUGUGGGGGUCCAACAGUGGGAACAUCAUGACCGUCACUACGUGCACUUGGACUGAACCCUCACCAUGCCCCAUAAAGAGACUUAGGAAGAAGGGAUCACGUCCACUAUGAGAUAAAUAGGUGACUUUUUUUUCCCUCUCUUUUACAUCCCCUGCUCCUUUCGGUUGUAGUCCUUCUAUUUUGAGAUGGAUGCCUUUAGUUUAAUUAAGAGGGGAAAGGCUGCUACGCCCUUCUCUUUCAAGCAACUCAGAGCCUCAGCUACUGUAACACAGUGCCAACACAAAGAAGGGCACCUUGGCACAUUCUGUCCUAAAGGCCACUGUGUAUCUAUAUCUUUAUCUAUAGUUUUAGGGCGGAUACACUUUUGUAAAUUUUACUGAGAAUUUCUAAAUUGGACGGAAGCCAGAAUCCAUCAUAAGGGUCGAAACACACACAAUUAUAAUGGAGCUUAGCUAAAAGAUGAGCUGUCUGGGAUGUAUGCAUUAAUUUUAUUAGGCUGUUUAAAAGUGCAAUUGGUUAUAUUUGUGUACUGUCAUGGAUACCUUAUUAGUGGCACUUGACUGUCUUUCUGUUGUUUUUGUUGAGGUGUAGUGUUUUUUUUAUUUUCUAUUUGAAUGUUGUUUUCUGAAAAAGAAUGUGCCAAAUGUAAUGUGGUGAUACAGCCAACCUGGUUCAUAUUAUUGUGCCUGACAUUUGCCAAACAUAAAAGUGAUAUCAGCUUAGCACACACGUUGAGUUCAAGGAAAGAUCAGAUUCAAACACCGUAUAUCUUAGAUUUAGAUUUACCUGAACAGUUUGGUUAAAUCUAGAUAAUGACUGAAUGGGUCACACAAAGCAAACCAAUGUCUUGUCCUGUUACCUGUACUUAUAAAAGGAAACAUGCCUGCAGCAAUCAAUGCCUUUGCCAAUACUUAUUUAUUUGUAGUCACUGAGAGACACUGUGUAUAUUUGUUGCCUUUUUAUAUGGUGGCUUUUGUGGUGUUACCAGAUAUAAUUUCUGUUGCUUUUUUUUUUUAAAAGCUCACCAAUACUGUUCAUUCUUUCAGUUUUCUUGAGUUCUGCAAUUAUAUGCAAUAUAUUCAUGACAUGUGUCACCAACCCAUAAAUCAAAUUAACUAAGAGCACAGUUAGACAGACUGAACUACUUAAAUAAAUGACACUGGGUUGAAAACCAGGAGUAUAUGAAAGCAAAGAUGAAUAAGGAAAAAGAUGAAUGAGGCCCCAUGUCUGUGCUUCACAGUGUAAAAAGACUCAACUACUUGUUUAAAUCAACAAAAGAUGAGCAACAUAUGGUAGGAGAAAAUUUAAAAUUUCCAAAUCCAUGUUUACAUCUUUUCUAAUACAGAGAGACUGAGACUGAGUUGUAAACUAAGGACUUGUUUUUGUACAGUACAAAUAUGUAUGCAGGUAGCUAUAGUAGAAGUUUCACUUUUGUACUCAAAUGUCAAAUGCACCAUAACUCAGUAUUAAAUUGUGCAUAUAUGUGCAUGCCUUCAUGCACACUAUGUAAAUACAAAUGUCUGCAUAAACAAGAACUUUCAAUUGACUGAAUGCUUGUGCGGAAUGUGUAAAGCUUUUAGUAAUGUAGUUAUAAUACAAAUAUUUUGUUGUCAUAGGUCAUUGCAAAAAUUUUUGUAGCACUAAAAUAGUGCCAAAUAUGGUGUGUUAUCUUCCAUUUAAAAAGAAAGAAUAAUAGCAUUUGCACCAUCUGUACGCUUUAAAGUGGUAACUGGUUUAAGGAAGCACUAAUGUGUUCUCUGAAUAAAUUACAAGAUUUUUUACAUUUCGUGUAUCUCCAUUAUAGUUGCAAUCAAUUAUUUCAAUUAACACAUCUUCCCCAUUGUAUAGAAAACAACGGUUGUUCCUCAGUAGAUGUUCUCAGAGACUAAGUGAUUGAAUCCUUUCUUAAGCAAAAUACACUACAGGGCACCGCAAAUAUUUUUCACAUGUGGCUCCUUACUGAUCUUUGUGCUGACAGAAGGGAAUGCCUCAUUUAUCAUUCAAUGAGGCACUAUGUAUAGGCUCAUCUCUGCCAUUGGCAUCUCUUGGGUCUUAAGUGUAUUAUAAUUAUAUUGACAACAAUUUUGAUAAAACUUUUCUUUCUCUCCAAAAUGUUGUUUUGCUUUACCUCUAUAAAACCAGAAAGUUUUGUUUUUCAAGACUGUCUUAUGGUUUUGAGGAGAAAAAAGUAAUAAUCGGGAUAUUAACAUUGCAUUUUCAUCUCGUACUCUUUUGGUCAAAAACUGAUUAAAAAUAAGAAAAAUGAAUGAACAAAACUAAUAAUAUAUUGAGGUAUGUACUUCUGUCAAGGCUAGCACAAAACACAGAUGGCAAAAAUAUUGUUAGGGACCACACCAAACUCAUUUGCAUUUAUUCCAUUACUGUUUAAGGAGCAAUAGCCUUGUCAGUGUAGUCAAAUAAUUUCAGAUUCUAUUAUAAUCUUUAAAGUCUUUAAGCCUGCUUUUAAAAGAAACAUUCUUCUCUCCAUCUAGUUUGACAGAGAGUAUUUAUGGUUAUUGGCUGUGCUCUCUGACUAUUAAGAAGUGUAUUGUGUACGCGAGUUAAAGAAUUUAUAUAAAUAUUGUUAUCUGCUGGGAUAAAAAUAUUGUACCGGUCAGCAGACAUGGCAAUAAAGAGAAUAUCGACUGAAAAAUGCAAAGGCCAAAAGAGAGGUUCAGAAAAGCAGUGCCACAGAGAACACAGUGCAUACAGAAAUGAGUUUCCAAGGCCAUGCUUUCCCUUUCCUGUAACAACCAGUUUUCACUGCUGUGCUUCCUGGCAAGUGUCCACUUAUUUUCCAAUUAAUUUGGCCUCAGAGAGUCUUUUCUCAACUCAUCUACAUGGUUAAAUGAACAAACCUCCUAGCACUUUUACAGAUAGUUUAAAAGUUCACACACCCUGCAAUAUCUAACUGUAAAUCAAUAGUUUUGUAUAAGAAAAAAUACAUCAUUUUAUUGCAUAGAUGGUCAUUGACAAAUGAAACAUUUCUGAGCUUAUCCCAAUAAAAUGCAACUGAAAUGAAAACCGUAACUUAUCAAACACUUGAAAUGUGAACUUUUUACAUAUUACAUUACACAGCAUUAUUUCGGAUCCCAGGUAAUUACCUCUAAAACAUUAGAUUGGGAUUAGCCAGGUUAAAUCUUGCAAUGAGUGGUGGCCUCUAUCUUUAACGUCCUUAAGAUGUGCAUGGAGUCAGCACAAAAUAAUAUUUGUAGUAGAUGAGGUAAUAAGAAAAAUAAAAUGUUUAUCUUUAUAAUGUUUACCUAGAAUAAUUUGCUGUUAGACACUUAUCAUUAUAAACUCGAUCAUUUUGACUUUAUUUGACCAAAAAUUAUGCUCUUGUGUGCUCUAGAUUUGACACUUUGCUGGUGAGAAUGUUUUUUUUUUGUUAAAUUAUAGCAGGCUAUGUAGAAUGUGGCCUCCUUUAAGAGAAAACUGUGUUUAUGUUGCUUUGUGUUAAGGAUUGAUGCAGAGUAAGGCGGAGACUACACCAAACUAUUUCCACAUCUAAAUGAAGCCAUGUAAUUACAACUUUGCAAACUCAAUAUUUCAUCAGUCAUAUCAUCUGACUCUGUCACUUUUCUUCUGUGACAUUUUUGUAAUGGACGGAUAGAUUUUGUAAAAUUUGUAUGAUCCCAUUCCCUCAAUAUAGUUUGGUGGUUGAACAACAAUACAGGAUGUUCCUCUGAACAAUAAUCCUUCUGUUAAAUGUAUGAAUGCUAUAAAUAUAUGUCAGUGACUUGUUAAACAAACUCAAAAAACACCCCCUCCUAAUAAUGCUUCUCAAAGAAUUAUUUAUUUUUAUGUUUUUUAUGUUUUACUGUCCAAAAGUGGGCAGCUGAACGCUCUGAAAUUGGAAUUUGCCUCAUCCUCGUUCUCUGCUCCAUGUUGGAUCUGAGCCAACAUCAGCAGCCAUCUUUGUGCCAAACUGGGUUGCAGGGUUGGCUGAUCAAAAACAAUACGUGAUGAGAACUCCACAGGAGCAACAAAUCAUAAAUGUGACCUCAGUCUGCUUGCAGUUGAAGGCAGCCUUGUGCUAAUGUUUGUGUUUAACUGUUUAAUUUAAUCUCCGUGAAGUUGGCCUUGGGCAAGGCAAUAGGCUCGGGCUCACUCAUGACACAAUUAAUAAUUACAGGAUUUCAAAAAAAAAGAAAAAAGAAAAAAAAAGAACAACUCACGUUUGAAGAGAUUUCAAUAAUGUGUAGAUAUUAUAGGCUACUCAUGUCAUCUUAUGGACUACAGUGUGGCUUCAGGGAUUUUGUGGUCUUCAACAGUGACACUAUGGUGUUCAGAUGGAGUCAAUACUCACUGUUUUCUGUUGUGUUGUGUUUCCUUUUCAUUACAGUAUAUCCUCAUGUUUGCAUGUGCACGGAAAUGUUCCGAAGUGCUACCCUCAGAUGCUGUCGGUGGUGCUCAUUUCUUUAUUAUGCAUGAAAAUAAAAGUCACAUUGGGUGAAAUGGGAUAAAUCUAACAACUCAAGACAGACAAUUGGAAACACACACUGGGAUAACUGUUCUGUUGGCUUUUUUUUCAUUUUUUAUUUUUAUUUUUUUAAGAAAACAAGGGGUCUUGUUUAAAAUGUUGUGGAUGUCUUUAGCCUAUUUCAUGUUUUUAUUACCUUAUAAUAAGGUCCUUUUAUGAUGAGCUGAUUAUUGAAAUGAAUUUUACUAUAUCCUUGUGAUGGGGAGAUGUACUCCCCUGUUUACUUGGCACUUCAGUUUGUUGUAAUGCAAUUGUUUUGUUAUUUCUAUGUAAGUACUUGAAUAAAGAAAAAUAUCACUUGC